AUGAUCAUUCUGAAUGAGUUGCCAUUUAGAUUUAUGGAGUCGAAAGGAUUUAGGCAUUGCAUGUUAGUUGCAUGUCCUAGAUUUCGUGUACCAUCACGAUGGACAGUUGCUAGGGAUUGCUAUCAGCUUUAUAUUGAUGAAAAGACUCAUUUGAAGCAAUUCAUGAAAUCAUCUUUAACAAGAGUAUCUCUUACCACUGAUACAUGGACCUCAUUACAAAUGGUCAAUUAUAUGUGUCUUACGGCUCACUUCAUAGACAAAGAUUGGAAACUAAAUGAAAAGAUAUUAAAUUUUUGUCUCAUUUUUAGUCACAAAGGUGAAGCUAUUGGUGAGGUGAUUGAAAAAUGUUUACGUGAUUGGGGGAUUGAUAAGAUUUUUACUGUUACAAUUGAUAAUGCUAGUUCUAAUGAUGUUACAAUUGCAUAUUUGAGGAAAAAAUUUAACAAUGCUAGAACUAGUAUUUUGGGAGGCAAAUAUCUUCAUUUGAGAUGCAUUGCACAUAUUGUUAAUCUUAUUGUUUGUGAUGGAUUUAAGGAAAUGAAUGAAAUAAUUGCUCGUGUUAGAGGGGCAAUAAGAUAUGUGAGACAAUCACCUUCCAGGUUAGCUAAGUUUAAAGAGUGUAUUGUGAAUGAACAUAUUCAAAGUAAAAGUUUAUUGUGUUUGUAUGUUAGCACUAGAUGGAAUUCUACUUAUUUGAUGUUGGAUGCAGCUCAUAAGUUUGAAAGGGCAUUUGAUGCAUUUGAUGAUGUUGAUCCUUAUUAUAGAAGUGAGCUUUUGAUGAGAGAUGGGGUACCCGAUCAAAAUGAUUGGGCAAUUGUUAGAAAGUUUUACCUUUUCUUGCAACAAUUUUAUGAUCUCACCGUGAAAGUUUCAGGUACUUCUUACGUCACAUCUAAUACUUUUCUUGAUGAUAUAUGUGAUGUUUAUUCCACUUUGCGAGAAUGGCAAUUAAAUCCUGAUGUUGAGUUGAAUGCAAUGGCGAAGAGAAUGAAGGAUAAAUAUGAUAAGUAUUGGGGAAAUAUAGAGAACAUGAAUAUGUUGGUUUAUAUUGCUUCUUUUCUUGAUCCUUCAAAAAAGUUUCCUUUUGUUGAAUAUUGCUUCAUGAAAAUUUAUUCUUCUGAUGAAGCUUCAUUGAUGAUUAAAAAAGUACAAUAA